AUGGACGAUCGGAAGAAAAUCGCCCAACUCGAAGCCGAUUUGGAAGAAAUGAAAAAGGACCAAGACCUCGAGAUGAAUCGAUUGGCAGCAAAUAUGGUUCAAAUCGAGGCGAAUUUAAUGGGGGAAAUCGCAAAGUUGGGGGCUGAUUUGCUUGACGGAAGGGAAAGAAAGCAAGAAUUGGAAAGAAAAAUCGCCGAGACGAAAAGGGAGAACGACGAUCUCAAGGCACAAUUGAAAACCCAACAAGGACUCGUCGAGGCUCGAGGAAAAAUCUGCGGACUCGAGACGGAAAUUCAGUGUGAACAAAAGGAAAGAAGUGGUGAACUCACGAAGAUCAACUCGAAAAUCUCGCAAAAUGAUGACCAAUCGACGAAGAUUGGUGCUGAUUUGAAAGCCGAGAUAGAUUCCAGAGUCGCCGAAAGGUCAAGGAAAAUGGCGAAAUUGGAGGCUGAUUUGGUUGACGGAAGGAAGAGAAAUCGAGAAUUGGAAAUGGAAAUCGCCGAGACGAAAAGGAAGAACGACGAUCUCGAGGCACAAUUAAGCGAGCCAAAUAUGGAAGUGAGAGAAGGAAAGGCCAAGAUUGGAGAGCUCGAAGGGAUAAUCGACGCGUUGCAGAACAAAAAUUUUGAUCUCGAGACCCAAAUAAAUCGAACCAUGGAUCUGGAUGGAUGGUCGUAUUGGGCAAAAACCAGUUUUUGGUACAAGGUUAUCGAUCAAGAAGUGACGUUUGAUGAAGCCGAGGCAUAUUGUGCGAUUCGAAAGUGCCAUUUGGUCUCAAUUCACAGUCAGGAAGAGCACGAUUUUGUUUGGAAACUCGCGAAAACUGUUGGUUCGAAUGAUGCGUUCUGGAUCGGACUGAAGAGAAAUUGGAACAAAGGAAAUGUUUUUGAAUGGACGGAUGGGAGUCUGGUGGAUUUCACGAAUUGGCUUGAAGGACAGCCGGAUUCGAACACCCACGCUUUGCUUGGGAGCGGCCAUGGGAAAUCGUUCUCCUUUCCUCCUACCAAUCACUUUCGUUUUAUCUGCAAAAGGAGCUCUCAAUUC